ACAAUUUUAAAGUCUUGAUAAAAUAACGAUAACCGCUGACCGCGUUUUAUCUUGACUGUGCUACAAAGUAAAGGAAGUAUAAACUUGCAUACGUGCAUAUGCACAUUGAUGUUGUAGCAGGUUUUAAUUUAUAUGCUGUAUCUUAGCCCCGUCCUCGACCCUGUUACUUCAUAAAGUCUUUGCCGAGCUUCAGAUUGAUUGAACAUGGCGGAACAGAAAGAAGAAGCUACAAAACCCAGACUUUUUCUUAAACGAAAAGUUUACAAAGGAGUAACAAUGAUGGAAAAUGAAGUUGAGGAAAUUGAGAAAAUGGAGACGAGAGAAAAUGACAUCUGGGUCUGCACAUUCCCAAGAUCAGGAACGACUAUGACACAAGAAAUGGUGUAUCUCAUACAGACUUUAGACUUUGAUACAGCUAAAGCAGUACAAAUCCAGGAAAGAUUUCCAAUUAUAGACGUAAAGGAUGACAGGUACCCUUACUAUAAAGGACUCAAAUACAUUGAACAAAUGAAGUCUCCGAGAUUUAUAAAAACUCAUCUUCAUCAUUUUCUUCUUCCCGAACAACUACAGAAGGGCAAAGGAAGGAUUAUCUACAUGGUCAGAAAUCCUAAAGACGUGGUGAUAUCAUUCUAUCGUCUCAUGCACUGGGGUGACCAACUUGCUGAGGAUGAGACUACGUUUGAUCAGUUUGUUGAUACAUUCGUGAACGGAACAGGCUAUGCUUGUCCGUGGCCACGGCAUGUAUUAGAGUACUGGGAGCGGCGAGACGACAAGAAUGUCCUCUUUCUUAGAUAUGAAGACGUGAUAAAAGAUAAACCUGCUGCUAUCAGACAGAUUGCUGACUUUCUUGGACGAAAGCUAACCGAGGAAGAUGUUCAGAGGAUAACCGAGCACUGUAAGGUUGAAAACAUGCGUGAAAAUCCCACCGUGAAUUUAGCCUACUUUAGAGACAUAAAAUCCGUAAAUGAUGAUGCGGAAGGAAGGUUCAUCAACACAGGUCAGUCAGGAACUUGGCAAGAUAAACUUACACCAGAACAAAAUGAGAAGGUUGACAGACUCAUUCAAGCACUAGACGGAUCGGGUCUUGUCUUUUGACAUAUAUUGCAGACACUUUCAUUGAUUCAACAAUCUCUAUGGAUCCCUGUUACACCGAAAGAUUAUUGUUUACUCAUAUAAUACCAAAAGAAUCGUAUUUUUAAAGAAGCUUUACAAAUGGAAAGAAAAUAUAAUUUUAAUAUAAGAAAUGAAUUAAUUUGUUAAUUUGUUUUGGAGUUCAUGCGAAAUGAACGACACUCUAGGAUUUAAGAUUGGCCGAUCAUUUUCUGUCGUUCAUUUGGCAUGAACUCCGAAAAAAAUUAAUUCAUUUCCUAAAUGUACUUAUUCUUCAUAAAAGUAUGAAUAACACGGACAAUGAAGAACGUUAUCAUAUAAGCCGCCAUUUGCAAUUUAAGCAACGUUUCAAUAUCUUAGUAUAUUAUUGUUGCUUUUGGAUGUUAUGACAUCUAUUGAUUAUCAAUUCCGCCUGUUCAUUGCAAUAUAGUAACUUUUACUAUAAUAAAUGAAUGUUUAUGAUGGUUAAAUGUUUGAAAUAAAACAUUUAUAACUUAGAGUGAAUUUAUUUACUUACCUGAAGAUAUUCAAAUAAUAUUUCCCAUUCUUCUUAGGUAGCUAUCACCUAAUGAUAUUCAUGAUAUUCACUAUAUUUUCAAAUCUUGUUUGUAUAUCUAAUAUGAGCAGCACGUUUAGAACAAGAAUGUCAAUAUUGUAUGACACAUGCCCCGUUAAGAUUAAGGCCAAUAUCCUUAUCACAUUUUCCGGUGUUCUCAAAUUGAAGAAAAAAAAACAACAACUAAAUGACAUAGCAUGUGUUUAGAUUAUUUUUGAUAUACUUAAUCAUUUAACAGCUCAACAUCCUUUUUUUUAAUUUAAACUCAUGCGCUUGAUUCUUGUGAUGAUACUAUUUUUAAUUUCUUGUGUAUUAUACUAUUACUCCCCACCUCCCUCGCACCCCUUGCCAUCCUCCCGGAAACCCCUGAAUUUCAAUUUAGGAAACUAUGGCCAGUUCUCCGCAACUACUAAUUUCCUUACAUGAACGAAUUCUUUCACACACAAUGACACAUUUCAUUCUUUCCAUUUGUAAAGCUUCUUUAAAAAUGCGAUUUCUUUUGUGUCAUCGUCACAGAAAACAAUCGCUAAUGCAGAUAUCGAUGUUGAACUUGAGACCGCACGAUUCAUAGAUUCAUUUUUAACUACUGGGCUAACCUAUCGGAAACGAUGUCCGUUCUCUAAUUACGAUUGUCUGUAGGGAACACAAAUAUUGUCAUAAUAUGUAGUAUAUAUCUAUUGUAUCAAUAACACAUAAAUUAAUCAUGUAGCUAAGAUCAUUCAAAUAUGAUUCAUUUUAGUGUUUUAGAGAUAAUAUGCUAAUUCAGAACCAAAUGUAUGUACAGUGGUGCAGAAGUGAAAUACAUGUUUGAUAAUAAUCCCUGGUUCUAUAGUGGGUCAUAUGUAAAGCAUCGAUGGAGCCUAUCCCAAUGUCAGUAAUUUGAGUUGGAGGAGCAGUAGUUCGAACUCACGACCCUUCGUUCCGUAGAAAGACAGUGUUACCACUGGACCACACUUCCUUGACCAACUGUUCAACUUCCGUUCAAGCGUAUGCUUUUCAUUGUGCGAUCCGUAAACUUAAAUUAGUUUUACGUUAAUAAAAUGUUGGCCGGUCAAGCCGGAAGUGUUCGCUCGAGUCCCGUUGGGAUCAGGACAUUGAAAAUAACAUUGACUUGAAUAUCUGUAUGGUAUCUGUAUAUAUAGAUUAGUAAAGUA